AUGGAAAGAAUAAAUAUUUCGUAUAAACAGACAAAGAAGGGAGAAGUGCGCAGAAUGCCCAUGCAGAUGUACAUGCAGGAGAGCACAAACUGUGUCUUUGGAUGCUGCGGAGGCGCAAACCCCAGAAUACAGGAGCAAAUAGGCAGGUCUGCGUGCUUUUACAUUCUUUCGGACGAGUUCAUUCACGACUUUAUCGUGUUUAUAGAAGAGAAGGCGCUCACGAACAUAAUCAUAAGCAGAACCGCGGUGCAGGAGCUGAAAAGAAAGUACAUGAACACGUUUAGAAGGCUGGAAGCCGUUAUAGACAGGUACAAUCUUCCCUUGAUAGAAGACGCCAACUCUGCAAGCGUGUGGGCGUGUGCAGGAGCCAGGCCGCGGGAAGAGUACUACAGCGGGCUAGCAGAGUGGUACCAAAACCACUUGCCAAUGCUCCAGUUUGUGGCAGUGCACUCGCGCCGGGAGGGCGAAGGGGAAAUUCCAUCCUCCAUGUUUACGCUGGGAGUGGGCGCGCAGCUGCCUGGAAUAUCGAUUGAAGCAAAGGAGCCGCACGCUCGAUACUGGAGCAGGGAGGAAAUUGCCGAGCUAAAAGACAAGGCCGAGUUCGGGCCUAUAAACAUCCCGGACAGAGUCUCGGGCGGAGCGAUUGUGUGCAACAUAGAGGGGCACCAGACGCGAAUUGAGGUGCCAAGAGAGCACCUUAACCGGGCGAUAGACAACGACUGUGUUGUGGUGGAGGUGGUCCAUGAGGGGGGCGAAAAAUGCAUAGGAAGGGUUGUAGACGUAGAAAGAAGGUCUAGAAGGCCCUUUCCAUGCACGCUUUUAAAACGGGUGGACGGAGCGCACGUGCUGCUAGAGCCAGAGAUGGAGAACCUUCCAACAGUUCUUUGCUGCGUGCCCGAAAGCGUGGACCUGGAAAACAAAGUGCUUCUGGCCGCUGUCGAGGAGUGGCCCGAGCAAGAAGAGUAUCCUGUUGGGUAUCUGGUGAAGGUCACGGGGGAGAAGGACACCAUAGAGGCCGAAACUGCAGCUCUCCUGUCCCACCACUCUAUUCUCGACCAGCCGUUUGAGGCAGCUGCACUGCAGGAGCUGCCAGAUGAAACCUGGGCGGUUUCGCAGCAGGACCUGAGCGAGCGAGAAGACCUCCGGGAGUAUCCAAUUGCAAGUAUCGACCCUGAGGGGUGCGUGGAUAUUGACGACGCGCUCCACGCUGUAAACAACCCGGACGGAACCAUAGAAGUGGGCGUGCACAUUGCGGAUGUAACGCACUUUGUCAAGGCAGACAGCUGCUUGGACCGGGAGGGCAGGAUUCGAGGGUGCACAACGUACCUUCCAAACAGGAGAAUCGACAUGCUUCCGUCCUUGCUGGGAACAAACCUGUGCUCGCUGCACAAAAAUGUGGACAGACUGGCUUUCUCUGUGAUCUGGAGGCUGCGGAUAGAGAAGGACAAAGUCGUUUUCCAGGACAGAAGAUUUGCCAAAACAGUUAUCCGGUCGAAGGAGUCGUUCACGUACGACCAGGCAUCGCAUGCUCUAGAGACAGGAGAGUACAGGUCCAGAGAGAUUUUGGAGUCGAUCCAGAGCCUGAAAAAAGUCUCGCGCCUUCUGAAAAAAGAACGGCUGCGGACGGGCGCCUUCAUGAUACACUCGGACGAGUGCAGAAUAACCGCAAGAAGUGCAAAGCGGUUUUGCGACAUCUCUGAGGACCCGGGAAGCCACAUGAUAACAGAGGAGGACCACGCCGAAGAGCACGACACACACUCCCUGGUAGAGGAGUUCAUGCUGCUGGCAAACCAGCACGUGGCCGAGUACAUUUCAGAAAAGUACCCGAAAGAGUCUCUUAUAAGAGUCCACCCUCGCCCUGCACAGUCCUCUUUCAAGGAGCUGGAAAAAGCACUGUCCCACAUUUCAGGAGCAGACAGCAUCCGCCUGGACCCUCAUAACCCGUCCGAGCUCUCCAGGGUGCUGAAAGAGUGCUCAAGCACGCCCGGCCUGAAAAGCACAAUUGGAGCUUGGGCAACAAGAUGCAUGACACAGGCCGUGUAUGCGCCGUCUUUCAUAGGGUGCAAGCUGCACUAUGGGCUGGCCAUGGAGAACUACACCCACUUUACAUCCCCGAUCAGAAGGUAUGCGGACGUAGUCGUCCACCGGCAGCUGCACUGCGCCAUGCACUCGCACAGGUACCCUCCCGUAACAGAGGCAAGGCUUGAAGAAAUCUGCGACUCUGUCAAUAGAUCGUAUAGAUCAGCAAAGUGGGUUGCUCGGCACGCACACAACUUGUACGUCCGAUACAUAAUCCUAGGAAAAGUGGUAAGUGUUGUUGUGACGGGCAUAAGCACGGAGAGAAUAGAGGUGUAUCUUCCAUACUAUGGAAUCACCGGGGUGCUUGUCCUGCCGCCAGGAUGCAGAGUGCACGAGGCAGAAGGCGCAGUGCUUGGCAGAGGUGGGCAGCGGUGGAUUUCGCUGUUCUCUGCAGUUUCGGUCUCUCUUAGCCCGGAAAACAAGAAGAUUUUUGUGUUUAGCCCUGCCAGCGCAUGA